AUGGCGGGCGAUGUAGACGCGAGCAAAAGUGAUCCGACGAAAACAAGCAAAUAUUGCAAAAAAUCCGUAGUAAAUUCAAUUGUAAAGUGCAUAACUUGUGAGGGUGUGUUUCAUAAUUCGUGCGCUUUAAGAAUAGCAGGUCUAAUGGCUGUAGGUGAAAAAAAUCAGGUGAAAUGCUGUUCAAAAUAUGUUGAGGUUAAGUUAGGAGAGGCAGAACUUACAGAAGGAAAAACGUCUGAAAUCAUGCUUAAACUAUUAGAAGCUAAAGGUGACAUUUUAAAAGGUAAAGAUGAAAUAAUUUCCGGGCUGAGAGCAAAGGAAACCUUAUUAUAUACAAAUUUAGAAUUGCUACAAGAAAAAAUAAAUUAUUUAAAAAAAAAGCAGAAAGAAGAAAAGGAAGAGAAUAAAAAAGGUCAACACCAACAAAAAAGUGAUAGUGAUAAAUCUGAUAAAUCUACAAAGUCGAUUUCUUCUAAUCAAACUGCAUUAAACUCUGACAGUAAACAGCCACUUCCACAGCAACCAGUUUUACAAGCUGGCGAAGGCCAUAACCUUAGUAGUGUCAAAAAUUAUUCUUCUGUUUUAACGAAACAUAACCCUCAAAUAAGUAAUAGAAGGGAAAUGUUCACACAACAAAAAGUAAACAGUGCCGUUUUACAGGCUCGGAUGACUAAUAACAUGCGAGAAAUUCAACAGUUAGGAGGUCAUACUCAAACAUCCGACACAAAUAAUAAUACUAAUGAGUGGCAGGUAGCCAAACGAAGAUCCCGGCGAUUUGUUGUAGGCCGCAAUGAGGAUAUCAGUCAAGUACAAGCUGUUCCAAAGUUUGCACUAUUUCACGUCACCAGACUCACGCCCGGAACUAAGCCUGAGCAACUAAAGGCUUUUUUGGAACCGAAUUUCCCAGGAGUCCAAUGUGAAGAGCAUUCCUCUAGGUACCUCGAAUAUUACACAUCAAUGAAAGUCAUUAUAAAACAAGACGAUGCAAAAGAGGCCUGGAAACGAGAAGCUUGGCCAAAUGGAGCAGUUAUCUCGAGGUUUUUACCCAAAAAGAGGAUGCCACCAACACAGGAGGAUCCUCAGUCAAAAUCCCCCCACAACCAAAUGAUGUCUUAA